UGCAUUUGCAACUGACUCUUCCACAAGAGGGUGUUCAGUACGUACGUCGAGAGCGGUCAUGGCAGUGCUGUUUGGAGUCCAGCUGUCAUCCACGACGGCAGGGAUCGUGUAUGCGCUGCUGGGCUUGGCGCUGGUGCUGCUGAUCGGCGCGAUCAUUUAUUAUUGGAACUACGCGCGGCGAAUUGAGCGGUUCCUCGAGAACGACAACCGGCACAACAACAUGAUGCGGCAGGACCUGGUCGACACGUUCGUGGCACGCGGCGAGAAAGAGUGGACGUGCUCGAUUUGCUUCCAUGAGAACCACCCUACGAAGAAGGAGUGCGUGAUGUGCGGGACGCCGCAGAUCGUGGUCGACACGAUCAAUUCGCACUACGACGCGUCGGUGCCGCGGCCGUCCGGCCUUCGCAAGUCGGACUUUGUCAACCCGACGCUGCACAAGUCGCGAUCGGUCGUACUGGACCAGCAAAGCCGCAUCCGAUCGUUCCACGUGCGACGGCUCAAGCAAAUGGACCUGACCACGCGCCAAAAGGCGGCGAUGCGGCGGCAUCUGUGGAGGCGAAAAAAGGGGCCCGACGGCAACAUGCAUUGGAUUCGCAUCGACGCCGACGUGAACGACCCCACGCGCGAGAGCACCGUGGACAUGGAGAUGCACGGCGAAGGCCACGACUUUGUAGACAUGCUCAGCCCCAUCUCGAACACGGGGUCGUCGCUUGCCGAAGAAGACGAGUCAUCGACCAACUCGACGCGUCGUCAUGAAAACCAUGUCGCAUUGGCAAUGCGGGACCUGGGCUACAUGGAAGAAGAAGAAGCACCGUCUUCGUCGGCGUUGCAACACCCGCUGCGGUCCACGGCGCUCCAGCAGCUCGAAAACGCUGAAGAGCGGCAAUCCAUGUUUACUGGCAAUUCUACUAGUACGACUACAAGUAGUAGUAGCCACCAUCGCAAGGCACCGGCUGUGGCUUCGUCGGCGGCCAUGCCCAGCAGCAGCAGCGGCACCGCCGUCAUCACCGAGGGCACUGGGUUUGGAUGGGGCCAAGGGCAGACGAGUUUUCCGCUGGCGGCCAUCUCCGAGGACGAGCGGCGCGAAAACUUUACGACGCUGUCGACGGGGUACAUCCGGCACACGACGGCGGAUGGCGCGAUGGAGUUUGCCCCGGCGUUGGGGGUCGUUGUGGACGGCGGAUCAUCGCGGCAGCCCGACUGCGACGACGACCUGGAAGAGAUAGCCGCGCUUACGUUUCAAGAAAAGAAUAAUUGGUUUCUCCAUCAAGUGCAAAAGCGGUGGCGUCGGUACGAGGACGGCCACAUCCAGUUUGUGGUCCGAAGGGAUCACAUCGUGGCGGAUUCGAUGGAGCAGACGCUCAAGUGCCCCGCGUCGCGGUUCUGGGAGCGCCUUCGCAUCUUUUUUGAGAACGAGCCAGGGCUAGACGCCGGUGGGUUGAUUCGCGAAUGGUACGAACUGCUCUGCGACAGGGUGUUUGGCGAAGAAAUGGGUCUCUUUGUUGCGACCAAGGGGUCCAACCUGGCAUACUGGAUCAACCCCAAAGCUGUGCUACGACCCAACUACCAGCAAGAGUUUGAGUUUGUCGGCCGGUUGAUUGGCAAAGCGCUGAUUGAAGGCUUCAACAUGAAGAUGUCCCUCGCACUCCCGUUGAUCAAGCACAUGUUGGAAGUGCCCAUCUCGUUUUCAGACCUCGAGUUCCUGGACGACGAACUGUAUCGCAACUGCACGUGGCUCAAACGCAACAACCAAGCCGACUUGUUGUCGUUGGAUUUCACUGUGACGGGGCUGACAAACUUGGAAGUGAUCGAGUUGGUGCCUGGCGGUGCCGCCAUUGCCGUUACGGACGACAAUAAGGCCGAGUACCUCGACUUGCUGCUCAAGUUCCACAUGUUUGGCAGCAUCGCGUCGCCGCUGAACGCGUUCCUCAAGGGCUUUUACGACAUUGUGCCUCUCUUUUUGAUCUCAGUGUUUGAUUACCAAGAAUUCGACCUGCUUCUGUCGGGGAUGCCAGACAUCGACACGAACGACUGGCGCGUGUACAGCGAAAUCCGGUGGAUCAAGCUCGAGACCCCCUCGGUCGCGGAGACGGCGGUAGUCGACUGGUUCUGGGCGGUUGUGGCCAAUUUUUCCCCGGAAGAGCGCGCGCGGCUGCUGCAGUUUGCCACGGGCACGUCUCGGGUGCCGGUGCAAGGCUUCAAAGCGCUGACGUCGACCGAUGGCCGCGUGCGCCGGUUUACAAUUCAAGUGGUGAACCGGGGACCACCCCCGACGGGUCUCAUGCCCAAGGGACACACGUGCUUCAACCGCAUCGACUUGCCGUUGUACGCCAACAAGGCCGAGCUGGCCAAGUACUUGACGCUGGUGAUCAACAUGGAAAUCACGGGGUUUUGGCUCGAAUAACAUGACAUUUAUAUGUGUGUCUGGUGUGUGA